AUGACGCCCCACGAUGUCCUCACCGAUCCAGACGUCUUCCCCGAACCUCAUACGUACCGCCCCGAGCGGUGGCUAGAAGCCAGCACAACAGGGCGCAAGCUUAACAGGUAUUUCGUGCCGUUUGGCAAGGGCGCGCGGCAGUGUCCGGGAAUGAACCUCGCCCACGCGGAAAUGUUCCUCACAGCGUCGACAAUCAUCUCGCGCUUCGACUGGGAACUGUACGAGACGAGCCUGGACGACGUCACAUGCCAGCACGAUUUCUUCGUGGCUGUGGCUAAGCUGGAUAGCAAGGGCCGCUGCGCCGCAUCAGAGAGCGCGAGGGGUGACGGAGGGCUCGAGAAGGGCUCGAGAAGGGCGGAAGCCGGCGCGUAUAGGCACCCUUAUUCAACCGCCUGGCGUUCUCUGCCAAUGGCGGCCCUAGAGCGUCCUUCUCACGGCUUCUACACGGGAGUUGAACGGGGUCGUCAAGAAGACAAGGACUGUUCCAUGUUGAACCAAGCUUCGUCGUCGCCUGCAAUUGCACCAAAGGAAAGCCUACAGCGAGAUGCUACGUUCCGGCCACCAUUCGCUGUUCUAGACGAUGCGAAGGUCUGCAGUCUCGUCGAUAUCAUUGACUCUGUCGAGGCAAUCUGCAAUCUGGCGGACAGGCAAAAGUCACGUUUGCCGUGA